CGGCGGUGGGCGGGGCCGGCCGGAGUUGGUUGCUAGGCUCGGGGGAGCGGCGGCGUUAGGGUUCAGGCGUGGUCUGGUUCCGCCAUAGCCCGAGUGCGGAGCCCAGCGGCUCUCAGGUGCGCGCUGCUGCAGCGAGGCGGAGAUGGACGUGAGCCAGGCGGCGUCGGGGUCCGACGGCGCCCGGGAGCGGAGGGGCUCGAGGGGAGCUGGGAGGAAGCAGAGCCAAGAUGAGCGACCGCAGUCCGGGACGAACGGGCUUCCGAAGCACUCCUACUGGCUGGAUCUCUGGCUCUUCAUUCUCUUCGACCUGGUGUUGUUCCUCAUCGUGUACCUCUUGCCCUGACUGGUUUGCUGCGAGUCAAGAAUGUGGCUUCUGGAGUGAAUCCUGAAACACCUCUGCAGACUUCUUGAAUAAAGAGGACUUCCAGCGGCUGAAUUCCAGACCUCUAACCUUUCCUUAGGCCCUUGACCUCCCCCAAAUAGUACCAUGUGUUUCAAACCUGUUUAUAAUGGUUGAAUUAAUGAUUGUAGCUAUCUGAAAUAUAUAUAACAUAUAUUUUAAUAAUGUCUGUAACUUAAAUACUUAAGGGAAAUUAAUGUAGAAGUUACUCACCCAACAGGUAGUGGGCCCCUUACUAUUAGCCAGGCUUCAUUUUGUACAAAGUGGUGAAAAUCAGCCAAAAAACCGUUAUCUUUGUGAAGCUUACUUUCUUGAAUAUUUUUGUUUUAAAAAUAUGCUAUUUUAAAAUAUUUAUCAUCUAUGGUUGGAGAAAGUAGCAGUUACUCAGAAAGGCCCCAGUCCCAAAGCAGCCACUAUAAGCUCUUUGGAAUCCAUUCCUUUUCAUCAUAAGACCUGGGUGAUUAGAAAUUGGCUACUGUUGGUUUUAGUGCCAUUCCCUGCAUGUGAACUGCCUGAGUAUCCAGGCCUGGGGUAAAGUCACAACAUUUGGUAAACUGUUAACAGUUAUGUCCUCAGGAUAUUGUUGCAUUUGCCUGGAUACUUUUCUUGCAAAGAGUUACUGAAGCGUGUGUACUAGAGGGCUGGGGUGAGACUGAGGUUACCACACUCUGGGAUCCAAUUUGUACUGCUUACUAAUUUUCUCUAAUAAACGUUUAUUUAUAACACUGAA